AUGGCGGGGCUUUCAAUGGCGGAGCGGGGCUACCAGGUGCGGGCGGCGCGGGCGGCGCUGGAGGCCAACACGCUCCUCUGCCUGCCCACCGGCCUGGGCAAGACGCUGGUGGCCGCCGUCGUCCUCCACAACUUCUACCGCUGGUUCCCCGCCGGCCGCGCCGUCUUCCUGGCGCCCACCAAGCCCCUCGUCGCCCAGCAGCGCGACGCCUGCGCCCGCCUCCUCCGCCUGCCCCGCCGCGCCAUGGCCCAGAUGACCGGAGGUACCCAAGUUGCCGAUCGGAAAGAGCUCUGGCAGAACAGGAGGGUCUUCUUCCUUACCCCUCAAAUAAUGGUUAAUGAUCUUUCCCGUGGAAUGUGCCCUGCAGCGGAAGUCAAGUGUCUGGUUAUCGAUGAGGCCCAUAAAGCACUUGGAAAUCAUGCCUAUUGCCAGGUUGUGAAGGAAUUGUGCAAAUACACCCAGCAGUUCCGUAUCCUGGCUCUGAGUGCCACCCCGGGAAGCGACACGAAGGCUGUGCAGCAAGUGAUUUCCAAUCUGUUGAUUUCACACAUUGAACUCUGUUCUGAAGAUUCCCCUGAAAUUCAGCCUUAUUCCUAUGAACGACUGGUUGAAAAAUGUGUGGUUCCCCUUGGGGAAGAACUGUCUGAAAUGCGGGCUGCUUACAUCCAGGUCCUGGAAGCUUUCGCUGGCCGUCUGAUUCGAUUCCGGGUUUUGUCCCAACGAGAUAUUUCUGCUCUUACGAAGUACCAGAUAAUCCUAGCAAGAGAUCAGUUCAGGAAAAACCCUGCCUCCUGCUUCUCGGGGGUGCAGCAAGGGAUCAUAGAAGGCGAUUUUGCUCUUUGUAUUAGUCUGUAUCACGGUUAUGAGCUGCUGCUGCAAAUGGGGAUGCGCUCGUUGUAUAUCUUCUUAUCUGGAAUUAUGGACGGAUCGAAAGGUAUGACUCGUGCCAGAAAUGAACUAAGGCGCAAUGAAGAAUUCAUGACGUUGUACAGCCAGCUUGAAAACAUGUUUGCGGCGGCGGCGGCUGAGACUUUGGCGAAUGGCAACAAGAGAUCAGGAAAGGAAAAAUUGAAACCGUUCAUCUAUAGUCACCCAAAGUUAAAGAAAUUAGAAGAGGUUGUUGUAGAGCACUUCAAAUCCUGGAAGGAACACAAAGACCAGAAGCCCGUCGAAAGCAAGCCGGCCGAUACCAGAGUCAUGAUCUUCUCCUCGUUCCGUGACAGCGUUCAUGAAAUCGCGGAAAUGCUGAGUCGGCACCACCCGGUCGUGAGGGUCAUGACUUUUGUGGGGCAUUCCACGGGGAAGAGCGCAAAGGGCUUUACGCAGAAGGAGCAGCUCGAGGUGGUGAAGCACUUCCGUGCAGGCGGCUACAACACGUUGGUCUCCACGUGCGUAGGAGAAGAAGGGUUAGACAUUGGAGAAGUUGACCUCAUCGUCUGCUUUGAUGCUCAGAAAAGUCCAAUUCGUCUUGUCCAGCGAAUGGGUCGAACUGGACGCAAGCGGCAAGGCCGAAUCGUUGUCAUCCUUUCGGAAGGACGGGAAGAACGGACUUACAACCAAAGCCAGUCAAAUAAAAGAAGCCUUCUCAAAGCCAUUUCUGAGAACAAAGUGCUCCGCCUUUACCAGCACAGCCCACGGAUGAUCCCCGAAGGCGUAAACCCCAAGAUGCACAGGAUGCUGAUCACGCCCCAAGAAUGUGAGCGAGACACUUCCCCACCCAGCCCCACAGAGGGGAGAGCCGUCUCCCUCCAGCAGAAGUGGCUUCCCGGUUACACUGGCGCUGGCGCAAAGCAAACCGAUGCAUCUGAAAGUUGGUAUCUUACAGCAGAAGAAUUUGAAGUGUGGAAUAGAUCGUAUAGAGUGAAAGCUGAGGAUGGACUCAAACAACCAGUAAUGCCUCCGUCCAGUUUUGAAACACUAGAAGAUGGGGAGAAGAAAACGCAAGCCGGAGAGGUCCGUGAGCUGUCUCUGACCGAAUGGAGACUCUGGCAGAACCGUCCUGUCCCUACUCACUUGGUGGAUCACUCGGAUCGCUGCCUCAACUUCAUUAGCAGUAUGGAAACGAUAGAGCAGAUGAGAUACGAAGAGGGGGAUUGUAGCUACGAACUGAGAAUCCAGCCUUAUUUUCACCCGGAAGAUGUCGACGCCUCAGUCCUGAAGAGGAGUAAAAGUGUUCUUGAUUCCUUAGCGGCUCCAAAGGCUUCCUUGUCCCGAAAAGCCCUGGGGGCAGCCUCCAAGGCGGACCCCUGCUCCUCCUCGCAGCAUCUGGAUGCAGAAGGCUGGCCUCUUUUCAAAGCAGCCCCCGUCCAUUCUACUAAGCGGCCCCCAGCACCAAGGGCAGAGGUCGAGGGUCACAGCAAAGAGAGGGGCAGUCCUUCAGGCCUCCUGCUGCUGCUGGACGAAGACCCUGGCCCUGAGGCUUGGCCAGAGGGAAGCGAGGACCGUGGCGGGAUGAGUGCAAGUGUCGCAAGAGACUCGCCACGGGCGGUUAAAGGCUGCAAAUCAGGGGACGGCCUCAGUGUCGAGUCCGACUCCGGUUGCUUCUCAGAAGACAACUUGCCGCGUCCGUCUUCUCUGUUUUACCUUCCUGCACUAGAGAAGGACUCGCUCGCGCUCCCCGUCCCCUGUGCUGGGGAGGACCCCUCUUGCGGAAGAGAGGCCCUGCUAAGUGCAGCCAGGCUUCUCUCGCAGUCCCCUCCCUCUCUGAACCAACUCUUUGAAUCCGAGGAAGCCAGCGCGUGUGCGGACAGGUAUCCUCCGGCAAAACUGGCGACCUCCCCGGAGUCCCAGAGGCCGUCCGUGACAUCCCAGAGCACCUCUGAGCUCCCCGGCUUCCCAAAACCGUCUCCCGUGAGUAACUGUGUUCUCGAGGCCUCUGUUGGCAAUAAUAAUGAUGACCUGGCCUGGGAUGAGGUUUUCGAUAGCAAUGAUGAAGUGCAGAUUGGAACUGAAAGACGGGAUUCGCCAGUGACCUCACGUGAUCUGGCAGUGAGCUCUCUGCGAAGGGAUGCGGUGGGGGGGAGAGAGGCCUCCUGUGAAAAUCCAGGCGGAAAUAGGAGCCCUGGUGAAGAACAAGGGUCUGGACUGUUGUUCCGAAGGGAGCACGCUUCUACGAGGAGCAGUCUAUCGGAGGGGAAGGGCAGGAAGCGCUCAGGGCAACGGGGCUUGUGCAGCCAAGCCAGUACUCCGGCUGAAGAUCCGGGAACCUCUCAGCGGCAGCCUUCCAGUGAGUGUGUCACAGACGGUCUUGGAGACCCUGUUAGUUCAUUAUUAAGACAUCAGGACCAAGCUUUGGAAGCAGCUGAUGAUGCAGGGGAAGGAGCUCUGCCGCCCGAAGAGCCGUAUGACGUCUCUCAGGAGUUGUUCUCCGUUAACUUUGACCUUGGAUUUUCUCUCCAAGAAUCCGAGGACGAAGAUGCGGAGCCAGCAGGCCCCAAGGAAGAUAACGGGAGUCACAUCGCUGACGGUUCUCCGUCCAACGGCACGUCAGCAAGGGAAUCUCCGUUGCCCUGGAGUCCCAGCUCUUUGGAAAGGCCGAAGGUUUCUACACCGGCACCCUCGCAGAACCCGAACUGUGGUCUAACGAGGACUGCAGAUGUCAUUCCGGGGGCUUCUCCUUGGACUCCAGCAGGAGACACACUGUGCCGAUCACCAGGCCCUGCGAGAUGUGGAUUUUCUACCCCCAAAAGCGGACGAAUGAUGAACUCCCCCGUAUCCAGAGGGGCCAAGCUGAACUGCUUCUUUGGAAACAGGCUGGGAAGCCCACGGGGGGCCGUCCCAAGCAAAGCAGGAACCGAGACUGUUAAAAAGCCCGCGGCAAAGCCCACUGACGGUAUCGAGGGUUUUGCUUCACAAGGCACUGGAAGUGGGGAGUGCAAAAACCGAAAGAGCCACGACCUGAUUUCUGCUGAAGCGGGAGCCAGCAGCGGGAGUGAAGAUGAAGUCAUUUUUAUCGGGAAAAGGAAAAGAAAUGUUUUGAUGUCGCCAAAUCUGGACUGGUCCAGCGACGAGAGCACGGGUUGUUCCCGGAAAGCCAACAGAACUGGUGCUGCAGAGAGCAGGAAGCCGGGCAGAGGGGUGAAGAGGCAGAAGCACUCGGACGGCAACACAAUCAAGAAUGCGGCCAAGCAGUUCCUGGAUGAAGAGGCGGAGCUUUCUGACGAGGGCGGAGUGGAGGUUUCUUCUGACGAGGUGGAUUCGGAGCAGGACCUGAUGGGCUCCUCCCUCCAUCAGUUUCUUGAUGACGAGACGCAGAUUAUGCAAGACUUGAACGAGUCCGAGAUGCAGGCCGUUUACCUGAAAUCCGUGCGUAGCCCAGCCGUCAGCAACAGGCGGGGCAGGACAGUGCCGAAGCCGUACAACCCGGCAGCCAUUUUCUCACAGGUCCCAGAGCCGGACGAGAGCUACUUAGAGGACAGCUUCUGUGUCCGGGAGGGCGAGGAGGAGGAGGAGGAGGUCCAACCCAAAGGCAGCUCGAGCGACGGGGAGGAGAUCUGCCUCAACUUUGACCUGUUAGAGGAGGAGAGUUUUGCAGACGGGGGGAGGAAGCAGUACCGUACCCGGCGCAGGAGGAAGCUGAAGGAGGCCUGUGCAGAAAAGCCCCAGAAUGCGCCACCCCUGCGGAAGAAGCCCUCCCGAGUUCAGAUUUUGGACGAUUCUAGUGAAGACGAAGGAAGGGCCAGUCCGGAGCCGCUGGUGGGAUUGCCGCCCAACGUGGAACCCGGGGCUGCUUCUCGCUUAGCCCUGCCAAGGGCUUUGGACAGCUCCCUGCCCCGCAGGAUUCCCACCCCAAAGAGCCGGAUCCAGCCGCCCCAGGAGAGCAGAGCCCGGGGACUGCUAGCCCUGAAAGCGUCUGUGGCCGAAGAACUGGACUUCCGCCCUCCUCAGGACAAAGGCCCGGGCAGGUCUGAACUGCUCGGUCGGGACCUCCGAAGUACACUCCAGCCAGGAGAGUCUUCGGAGCUGCCGGCCGCCCCCCGCCCCGCUCCACGGCUGCCCCCGCCGGGCUCCCCGGGGAAACCAGCGCCCCUCUGCAUCCUGGCGGACAGCCGAGAGAUCUCCUCGGGGCCCGACGUGAUCUCCGCCCUGAAGGCCCUCCACGGCGUCAAGGUCCAGGUGUGCUCGCUGGGCAGCUGCGAUUACAUUGUCAGCAGCCGGCUGGCGGUGGAGAGGAAGUGCCAGGCAGAGCUGCUGAACGGGGCACAGCGGAGCAAGGCGGCCCAGCGGGUGCAGCAGCUGAGGAGCAAGUUCGACCGGGUCUGCGUGAUCCUCGAGAAGGAGAGAGCCCGGGCAGGAGAGGCCCAGAAGGGGUUCCACAGAACCAAGCCCUACGACGGCGUGCUGUCGGCGUUCAUCCGGGCGGGGAUCCGGGUGCUCUUCAGCUCCUGCCAGGAGGAGACGGCCGAGCUGCUGAAGGAGCUGUCUCUGGUGGAGCAGCGCAAGAACGCCGCCAUCCUCGUGCCCACGGAGGUGCAGGGCCCCCGGCGAGACGCCCUCCAGUUCUACCUGAGCGUGCCCUGCGUCAGCUACGUGACGGCCCUGGCCCUGUGCCACGGCUUCCGCUCUGUGAAGGAGGUGGCGGACAGUUCUCCGAGCGAGCUGGCGGCCCGGGCCCGGCUGAGCCAGCAGAAGGCCGAGGAGCUCCACCGCUACCUCCGCUACGGCUUCGACAAGCAGAUGCUGCCCGAGAGGGUCACGUGACCCGCCGUGUGACUCCGAGCCAGCAGCCGCGCCAAACAGAUGCACUUUACCGCAAUC